AUGGACGCCUCCUCCCUCCGCAUCUCCAAGUUCGAUGGAACUAACUUCCACGCCUGGAAGUUCAAGAUGCAGAUGGUGCUGGAGGAACGGGACCUAUGGGAGGUCGUCAGCGGUGAGAUCAAGGCGGAACAGUGCGAGACUCAGUUGGACCAAGCGACGUACAAGAGGAAGUCAAGAAAGGCGAUGGCAGUGAUCUGUCUAGCCAUGGAAGAUUCCCAGCUACCGUUGGUCCGGUCGGCAAGUGGUGCAUGCGACGCAUGGUCAAGGUUGGAAGACCACUUCGAGAAGAAGAGUCUUGCCAACAAGCUGUUCUUGCGCCGUCGCUUCUUCACGACAAUGAUGGAAGAAGGCGACGAUGUGCUCGAACACAUCAACAAGCUCAAGACGCUGGCGGAACAGCUAGAAGCGGUGGGGGCUCCAGUCUGCGAGGACGAUCUGGUGAUCACACUCCUCGGCAGCCUGAGUGACUCGUAUCAAUUCUUGAUCACAGCUUUGGAGUCGCGCUCAGACACUCUUAGCUGGGAGCUCGUGACGUCUCGACUGCUUCAUGAAGAAAUGAAGCGGAAGGAGCAAGGAAGUAAAGGUGAUGAAGCUUCGCAAGGUCAAGCGUUCAUCACAAGGGGACAAUCAGCGCAAAGGGCAACCAGUGAAGAAGUCCUGGCCGUGCCACAAUUGCGGAAAGAUUGGUCACUGGAUGGCGGACGUGCUCAAGACAGCGGCGACCGCUAUCGAUCACAACGUGCAAACGUCGCUCAAGAAGAAGACUCGGGCGACUACCUCUUUUCGAUCGGUGAAACGACAUCUGCGAAAUCGAGCGACAUCUGGCUGGUCGACUCCGGGGCGACGCAGCACAUGACGUGCUCCAAGAAGUUCAUGCGGAACUACAAGGGGUUUGACGCUGUGGAUGUCCAUCUCGCGGAUGAUGGAAUCGUCCAAGCAAUCGGCAGUGGGGACAUUGUCAUGUCGAUGAAGACACCCCAAGGGAUGAAGAAAGGUGUGCUCACAAACGUGUGGCACAUCCCAAAGUUAUCCAGAAACCUGUUCUCGGUCGGCCGCUUCACCAAGGAUUUAAAAGGACUGUUCAAGCUGCAAAUGACUCCAGUGGCGCCGGAACAAGCAAAUGCAGCCAAGUCGUCGGGAUGUCAAGGGGGCACCAAGUCGUACCUCUGGCACCUUCGGCUUGGCCACAUAGGUCACGAUGGACUCAAUUGCAUCGUGACGAAGAACAUUGGAAUUGGCAUCGACAUAUCUUCGGUGAAGAAGUGGGACGUGUGUGAAGGUUGUGCUCUGGGAAAACAGACUCGAGUGCGCUUCCAAUCAAACACUACAGCUCGCACCUCCAAACUCCUCGAAGUGAUUCACAGCGAUGUAUGCGGCCCGAUGUCGAUGGCAACUUUCAGUGGAAAACGGUACUUCGUGACAUUCAUUGAUGACAAGUCAAGAUACUGUGUCGUCUAUCUGCUCAAGAGCAAAUCUGAAGUUGCGGCGAAGUUCAUGGAAUACGCUGCGAUGGCCGAAACGCAAACCGGAAAGCGCGUGAAGUACCUUCAAAGCGACAAUGGGGGUGAAUACAAGUCCGACAAGCUGGCACGAUUCUGCGCGGAACGGGGAAUACAACAAAGGUUCACACCCCCAUAUACUCCUCAGCUAAACGGAGUAGCUGAGAGAAUGAAUCGCACGCUGGUCGAGUGUGCGCGUUGCAUGAUGGAACACGCUGGACUGGGAAAGAGCUACUGGGGUGAAGCAGUGAUGACGGCGAUGUUUCUUCGAAACCGCUGUCCAACACGUGCCAUUCACCAAGACAAGUCUCCAUAUCAAGUGUGGACGAUGAAGAAACCGAUUCUGGCCAACCUUAAAGUGUUUGGAUGCCACGCGUAUGUUCAAGUGCCUCAAGACAAACGCGCGAAGUUCGACUCCAAGUCAUCACUCUGUCGUUUCCUGGGAUACGCCGAACACCAGAAGUCAUAUCGAUUUGAGGAAGUGUCAACAGGAGCGAUCAAGAUCAGUCGCGAUGCCACAUUCAUGGAAGACAAGUUUGAUGAAGGUCCGCGCAACUACAACGAUGAGUCAAGUGUCGUUGAGUUUGAUGAUCAUGAUGAGGACGAAGAAAAAGAAGAAGGUAAAACUGACGACGACAUGGACUCGAGCGACGAUGACAACGAAGACACCAGGUCUUCGAAGAGCAACAUCAAGAGACACACGCGCACUCAAUCACUUGAGAAAGCUACCGUCAUUCAAGUCCCAAGCGAAGAACAUACAGAGGUCCGUCGCUUGAGCAUGUGUCAGCGGCUGCAAUGGAUUUUGAAGCAGCCUACAUCGUUGAUUCAGUGGGGAAACGCCGACUACAUUCAAAGAAACGACACGUGGGAAAUCGUGCCUCUUCCGAAAGGUCGCAAGGCCAUCGGGUGCCGAUGGGUUUUUCGUGUAAAGGAGAAUCAAGAUGGCGAAGUUGAACGUUUCAAGGCAAGACUUGUGGCCAAAGGAUUCUCACAGAAAUUCGGAGUUGACUAUGAAGAAACUUUCGCACCGGUGGCCAAGUUCACAUCGAUUCGUGUGGUGCUCAGUAUGGCGGCUAAGUACGGCCUAAUGCUACAUCAGAUGGACGUCAAGACAGCGUUUCUUAACGGCUCCCUCAACGAAGACAUCUACAUGGACCAGCCGGACGGAUACCUGGAUGCAACACAGCCGGACUAUGUGUGCAAGCUAAAGAGAUCACUCUACGGCUUGAAGCAAUCGCCUCGCAUGUGGAACCAAACAAUCGAUGGGUUCAUGAUCAAGAUGGGAUUCAAGAAGUGCGAAUCGGACCACUGCAUCUACAUCAAGCGAGACGACCAAGACAUGAUUCUCGUGGUGCUCUACGUCGAUGAUCUCAUCCUGGCCAGCAGCAACAACGAACUCCUCAAGUCGACCAAGAUGGCGCUGAGCAAACGCUUCGAAAUGACGGAUCUCGGUGAGCUCGAUUACUUUCUCGGCAUGGAGAUCAAGAACGACCGUAAGACGGGAAUGGUGACUGUGCAACAAACCAAGUUUCUCAAGUCCGUGUUAACCAAGUUCGGAAUGGAUAACAGCAAGCCAGUGAAGACGCCUCAAGAUCCCGGCCUGAAGCUAACCAAGAACAUGUGUGAACAAGAAUGCAAGCACGAAGACACCAUGUGCAACGUGCCAUAUCGAAGUGCUGUCGGAGGCAUCAUGUAUCUCAUGGUCGCCACACGUCCGGAUCUAGCUGCUGCAGUGGGAUCAUUAUCCCAGUUCUCGUCCGACCCAUGCCCGACUCACUGGCAAGCUUUGAAGCGUGUGCUGAGAUACCUGCAAGCAACGCCCAAUCAUGGUCUUGAGUUUACACGUGAAGAAGGAAGCCGUAUCUGCGGGUACACCGACGCAGACUGGGCCGGCGACAUUGAGUCAAGACGAAGUACAAGCGGCUAUGUGUUCAUGAUGAGCGGAGGAUGCAUCAGCUGGAAAAGCCAGAAACAACGGACGGUCGCGCUAUCUUCAACAGAAGCAGAAUACAUGGCGCUUUCCGAAGCAACCAAAGAAGCAGUAUGGCUCAAAGUGCUUUUGGGGAACUUGGUGAGAUGA